CAGCCAAGCAAGCCCAGCCAGCCAGCGAGCAGCGAGCGAGCCCGACCAGUCGCCUACGUGUCUCCCUAGCGAUCGCAUCUGCUCGGCCGGUCGCGGCCAGGGUGCGAACGAAACGGGUUGAUCUGAGGCCUGCGAGCAGCGUCCGUGCUUAGCAGCGAGUGCGUGCGCGUGCCAACGCGAUGCCCGCAGUGCGCACGGGCCUCGCGACGCGUGUCAGUGCGUGAGCAGUGCGUGUGAGCGACUGUCAGUGCGUGGAAGUGACUCGGUGCGCGUGUCAGUGACUUGCAGUGCGUAGUGCUUACCCAGUGGUUACCCAGUGCCAGUGAGUGAUCCUCAAGAUGGAUUUACACGGGGACCUGCUGGACUGCGGCUUCGACAUGGAGCCGCAGACGCGAGCCCGCUCCAACACUUGGCCGUUGCCGCGGCCGGAGAACUUUGUGGACAUCAAGGAGGAGGUGGACGAGGGCCUGGAGGGCCUGGAGGGCCAGUGCGCGACCAUGACGCCCGGCAUGUGUCUGGGACUUCCCGCGCCGCCCACCCCGGGCAUGGCCGUGCUGUCGGGGGCGGCGGCGGCGGCCGCCAAGAAGAACUCGACGCGGAGGAACGCGUGGGGCAACCUGUCGUACGCGGACCUCAUCACGCAGGCCAUCACCACGGCGCCGGAGAAGCGGCUCACGCUGUCGCAGAUCUACGAGUGGAUGGUGCACAACGUGGCGUACUUCAAGGACAAGGGGGACAGCAACAGUUCGGCCGGCUGGAAGAACUCGAUCCGGCACAACCUGUCGCUGCACAACCGCUUCAUGCGCGUGCAGAACGAGGGCACGGGCAAGUCGUCGUGGUGGAUGAUCAACCCGGACGCCAAGCCGGGCAAGUCGGCGCGGCGCAGAGCCACCUCCAUGGAGACCUCCAAGUUCGAGAAGCGGCGGGGCCGCGUCAAGAAGAAGGUGGAGGCGAUGCGGAACUGCCUGGGCGCCACGGACGCGUCGCCGUCGCCGUGCUCGUCGGUGUCCGAGGGCCUGGACCUGUUCCCCGAGUCCCCCAUGCACUCGGGCGGCUUCCAACUCAGCCCGGACUUCAGGCCGCGCGCCUCGUCCAACGCCUCGAGCUGCGGCCGCCUGUCGCCCAUCCCCGCCGUGGAGCCGGACUGGGGCCCGUCGUACUACGUGGCGGAGCAGCUGGCCGGCACCCUGGAGCAGAACAUGAAGCUCUUCACGCCCUUCACCAGCCCUUCGCAGCAGCAGACGACGACGCAGCCCCCGGAGCCCACCGGCCCUCCGCCCCCGUACCAGGCGCCCUUCGACGUGUCCUACAGCCCCACGGGCCCCGCGGGGGGCGCGGCCGGCGGCCCGGCCAGCCGGCUGUCGUUCGUGCCGACCUGCCCCGUCCACCGCCUGCAGGGCUGCUCCUGCAUGCUGCAGUGCCCCCCGGAGAGCGUCUCCCCCGGUGCGGCCGGCAUGUCGCCGACGUACCAGCGCUCCGAGCCCUCCCCGGACAGCAGCUACACGCAGUCGCGGCAGCAGGCGCAGACGCAACCGCCCCCGCCGUACCAGCCGCCCUCGCCCGACGCCCUGGACGGCCUGGACGGCCUGCCCCCAGACUCGGCGGGCUCCCCUCUCGGCGCCGGCCUCGACGGCGUGGACGGCAUCACCGCGCCCACCACCAUGAUGGGCCAGAUGAUGGCGGCGCUCAACCCCACGCUGCUGGACGACCUGAACCUCAACAUCGAGGGCGGCUUCGACUGCAACGUGGACGAGGUGAUCGAGCGCGAGCUGAGCCUGGAGGGCAGCCUGGACUUCAACUUCGGCCAGCACACGCAGCACCUGCAGCCCCUGCAGCAGACCGUGUCCUCGGGGCCGCAGGGCAGCUCGCACAGCUCGCAGCACUCCGGCUCGACCCAGACGGUGGCGCCGUACGCGUCCGUCGCACCGGCCCACUCGGGCCACUCGUGGGUCCACUGAGCCACCCCGCGCCCCGCGCCCCGCCCGCACCCCCUGGGCCUGCACUGCAAGUGGAGUGGUGCACGCCCCGGGCGACGUGCCGGCGGGCCGGCCGCGGCCGAAGGGAAGACUUUGAACGGUGUCCGGCUGGUUUCGGCGGCGUUCGCGGUGACGGGGGUGUUGGUCUCCGACGGCCCCGACGGCGACGGCCCCGGCCCCUCUGACGGCCCCGCC